GGGCCUUAAUAGGAUGGUAGGUAGGAAAGGCUUGGUUGUUGAUUGCACUCUGAAUGGAAAAGGAGGGUCAAAUGAGGUGCUUCUCUUGCCAAGACUUGAACUUCUACAUUCACUUGAAUGUAUCCCAGAGGGGGAACUCUUAACUGGACACCAAAAGUUUAUGUAUUGAGGGGCUGUUUGACUGUUAAUACAUACAUUUUGGAGGAAUAAUUUUUUAUUUAUUUGUGAAUUCAUGCAACAUUCUGUACAUAAUGUGUGGUCAGGUGUUUUUAAAGCAGGGUUGGAGCAAAAGCAUGCACACCCUCGAAAGGAAUGUUGGCUAUCCCUGUCCUAGAUGUUUAGGGACUAUGGAAACACUGUUUUCAGUUCUCUUGUGCACAAAAUGAAUGUUGUGCAAUGCAUCAUGCCUGCAUUAGUGUAAAACAUUCCCAGACAAAUGUAUUAAAUGAUUCACCAGGGCAGGAGCAAACACGGCGCAGGAACCCGAGAUGAGCCAGAGCGCCGCCCCAAGAUGUCCAUAUUCAGAGAGAUGUGGGAUAAACUGGGGACCCCGUCGACGGCCCUCCGCUCCCCAGGCAACUGGAACCCCAAACUCCCACCCGCCAGGCUCGACGCCUCCCUUUCUUCACUCUACUGCCUUGACUUCAACUCCCGUGAAACCGAGCUGGGGCCCGAUUACGCCCCCCUGGCCCUCACCCUGGGGGGCCACAGCUUCAUCUUCCAGGAGGGCCAGUGGCUGUUGCAGCAGACGCCCCAAGGGGCCAAGGGCCGGAGUCCAAAGGCAGGGGACCGAACCCGCAUCCGCCGCCUGAAGAAUAAGAACCGGGAGUUACAGGAGGAGAAUAAUGCCCUGAAGAUCCGGGUGGAACUGCUGAUGGACAUGCUGGCAGAGACCACAGCCCGGCUACAGGGCUCUGAUCCUGGGGAGGGGAGCAGCCAGGACAGCCUAGCAGUACCACAAACACCCCAGAUGAAAAGGGCAAGCUUCCAGAUACGUUCUACUAAAAGAAAGUCCAAAAAUGUAUGAGAACAGUGGGACUGUGUGAAGUGGAUGAAAUGGUUCCUGCUGGACGAAUAAACGGAGGUUGACUGUCAUCUGUUUCAUUGGACUUGGUGUUUUCUUUUUUUUUUUAGAAUUUUAGAAGUAUUUGACUGGCAAUUCUAUCCUCUGCUAGAGCAAGUGUGUUGGCGGUAGGGCAGCUUUAUACCACUGCUGAUGCAUAGUUGUCUGCUGAGUGCUUUCGGGUGUGUGGUGGACUGAUGGGAAAU